GCUUCCCACGGCCCGUGGCUCCACGGACCGCGCCGCACGAGCUGACGCCAAUGCGCCGUGGGAAGAGUAGGUACCUCCCGUGCCAACGUGGGCCUGUGGUGCGCUCGCCUGUACAAACCGGCGCGGGGCGCGACGUGGCCCGUGAUAUCACAGGCCAUGAUGACAACCCUAUCGUGACGGGCAACGAAGUGACCCACCUGGCAACUCUGCCGGAGGAGGAAGCGGUAGUCGCCAUGAUGGGUCUGCCGCGGGCCGGCGACAUCACCAGAGCCCAACUUAGGAUCAAGGAGAGUAAAGAAUUCAAGAAUACAGUAGACAAACUAGUACAGAGAGCAAAUGCUUCAAUAUUAAUAGGCACAUCGUCCUGGAAGGAGCAGUUCUCGGAAGCAUUGACUGCUAGUUCAGGUUCGGAUGACCCUGAUGAACCGCCGUCGUGGUCGGACUACAUACUUCACAUCGUAACAGUCUUCUGGAAACUUAUAUUCGCUUUAAUUCCUCCUACGGACAUAGGAGGUGGCUACGUCUGCUUCGUAGUAUCAAUCAUAUGCAUCGGGCUGGUAACGGCUGUCAUAGGCGAUGUGGCCUCCCACUUCGGCUGCACGUUGGGCAUCAAGGACGCUGUCACUGCCAUCAUCUUUGUCGCACUAGGCACGAGUAUACCAGAUACCUUUGCCAGUAAAGUUGCAGCGAUCCAAGACAAGUAUGCUGACGCAUCAGUAGGCAACGUCACCGGAUCGAACGCUGUAAAUGUCUUCCUCGGAAUCGGAGUAGCGUGGACUGUCGCCGCCAUCGUCCAUUGGAGCAAGAACGAAAAGUUCAACGUGGAACCUGGAACGCUUGCCUUCAGCGUUACCCUUUUCUGCUCGGAGGCUUUAUUGGCAGUUCUAGUCUUGGUUCUUCGGAGACGAAAAUCCAUCGGCGGAGAGCUGGGAGGACCGAAGAACAUCAAAAUUGUUACUUCCAUGUUCUUUUUCUCUUUAUGGCUUGUCUAUCUUACCGUGUCUAGCCUGGAGGCUUAUGACAUCAUUGAAGGGUUCUAAAGAACCUAAAUUACAUGAGCAUUUGUGAUAGGAAAAGUAAGCGACCUAACGUGUUCGAUGGAUCCAGUAAUAGAGAACAAAAUAUCUCCAAAAUUCACUUUUCAAUACUUGUUAAAUUAUCAGCGAUGCGAACACGACGCUAGUUUAAUUACGUUUAAAAAAUGAUUGUAGAGUGCUAUCAAAAUUUGAGGUGGGUUUAUCCGUACAAAAUUUUAAUAUCAAAAUUAUCUUACACGACCUGCAAGUCAAUUUAAAGGCAAAAAUAUCAGUAGAACAAGUGGAAAAAUUGUGUGGUGCGAAUAUCAUAAACAUGCGCCAUGAUAAAACGCGAUAAACGAUAACAUUAAAUGCAAGUUAGAAAGAAAAAGAGAUGCAUGUGCUCAAAUGUAUAGAUUUUAGAAAUUCUUGAAUGUCUUUAUUACUUCUUCUUAGAACUAUCACUAAUUAAACUCUAAAUUGUAUGUGGACAUUUUGCUGUAUGUUAGCCAAAAGCAAGCGAUUUUAUGUAUAAAAAUCUAGAUGACUUUCUUAGACCUAAGAUGGUAUUAAU